AAAAACAUAAUUUAAUGAUCAAUAGGAUAUCGUUGCAAGUAUAUUUAAGGCGAUAUGGACCUCAACAUUUAUUUUAAUUAUUUGGAUUGUAAAUUAUUUUCUGCGCACGAAUACAAUCUGUAUCAUAAUUAAUCAUUUCAUUACAAAUUUGGCAGCUGCAUAUGUGUACUCUAUUCGUGUUUUUUUCGCGCGUUUUUAACAGUUAUUACUACCAAGAGAAAACGUUAUGGUCGGUUGUCAACCCGUUUUUACUAGGUAAGAAUCGAUCGCGGUACGCGCGUCGCAUUUGUUGUUAUUUUUUUUUGUCGACGUCGCGUGAUGGCGUCGACGCGGUGGAGACGCGUUGUGUCGGUUUUGCGCGACAACGCUUGUGCAGCGCAACGCGCAAUGUAGCCGUUGUUACUACUCGUGCGAGUGUGUAUAUAUAUACAUACUCAUAAGGCACGCGAUCACGCCGACGCCAGACCCCUUUGCGCUACGUAAAAACCGCCCGCCUUGGAAAACGACAACAUUAUAGUCGUGUUGUCGCGAAUUGUUGGACGCAGAUACGCGCUUCGGCAUUGCUGUAGAAAUAACGGAGGCUUCGAAUACACAAUACCACAUUAAUUCAUUUUUACACGUGCAAUCGUUUAUGAACUGCGACAUGUAUUGUAUGAGUGUCGAGCAACUGUAAGAAAUCAAGUUACACAAUGAAAAAAGCGGCUAGUAAAGCGCGCGAUGAAAAACUGUUGGCGGCCGUCCGGGAUCGACCGGUGCUUUACGAUCAGUCGAUGCACGUGUUCAAGGACUUCGGCGCCAAGAACACUGCGUGGAAAGAGGUAGCAGCCGCUGUGGUCGGUUGUCAGGACAAACAGGCCGUUGAACGGUUAAAGGUUCGUUGGAAAACAUUAAGAGAUGGGUUUGUAAGGCAUUUAAAAAAAAAGAAAGCGUUAGAAAUGUAUACAGCUGCAGCUGCUAUGAGACCAUAUAAACUGGAAAAACAAAUAUCGUUCUUAUUACCGCAUGUGUCUUUUCGUGAUGAAGAUGAAGGGGGUAGUAUGGACGAAGAUGCUUCAUCACAAAUAGACAAAACAGUUGACAAUUCUGAUUUAUCUUAUGGCCAACCAGAUGUAGAUGAUUUGAUUUUUGACCAGUCUGUCACGGAAAAGAGUUGUAGUGAGCAUGAUGCCUUAGACAGAUCUAUACAUUUUUUAUGUGACCAGAGAUAUAAGCCUAAUACAAUCAACUAUAGAUGGGAAGACAUGGAUUCUGUUGAUGCUUUUUUUCAUGCAAUGGCACAAACUGUCAAACAGUUGAAACCAAUUACAGUGGCUAAAAUCAAGCGAGCUGUUUCCAUAAUCGUCUCUAACGCCGAAAUCGAAGAAAUGGAAAACUCUGCAGCUUUUCCUAGAUUCCCAUUGGGUAUUCCGUUAACCACCGAAAUAAAGAAACAAUAGACGUAUCUGAUAAUUAAUAAAAUUGAUGAAACAGUCAUGAUUUGAAAGAGAAAAUUCGCAUAGAUGUUACUUCAACAACAAAGAAUUCAAAGCUUCGACUGAGUUAAUGAAAUUUUUGGAAAAACUUAUAUUUUUUUUUAUAAGAAAAAAUUACAUCAAUACAGAUAAUACAUUUGUAUUGCUAGUGAUAAAAUGAAAGCUUCAGUAAAAACUAAAUGUAAUUAAUUAAUUUUGUUGAAACUUGUGUUUACAUAAAAUGUUGAUUUCUGUUCGAUAUAAUUUCAACAAAUAUUUUAAAGUACCAUUGAAUAGUUAUUCUGUAUACAAUAU